CUAAAGGAUUUCCUUCCUCGGCUGAAAGAUUACCUCCUUUCUCGCAUACUUGGUCAUGAAUAUGACGGUGACGAGACAGAGUUCUCUUCAGCCGAGCGUGCCCAAGUCCUGUUCGUCAAUGACCGCAUAUUCCAGCACAAGGUCAUUCGUGUCAAUUACACGACAUAUGAUCUGCGUCGCUCUCAAGAUUCUCUUAAUCCCUGCACGCAUGCAGAUGUCAUGGUUCUCGGACAUGAAGAUAACGACACACAUCCAUACUGGUAUGCACAUAUCCUGGGCGUGUUUCAUGCAAAUGUCAUCCAUAGAGGUGGGGAUGCACCCCCAUUCGAACCCCGGCAGAUGGAUUUCUUGUGGGUUUGGUGGUUCGGUUGUGAUCCUAAUAAUUAUCGGUCUGGAUGGAAGGCAAAGCGUCUUCAUAGGCUUGGGUUCAUCCCCGCUGAUGUAGCAGGAGCAUUUGGCUUUCUCGAUCCACAGCAGAUUAUUUGA